AGCAUCGGGCAGUGAGGAAAGAAGAAAAAAUACGUCGAUAUGUGUUGGUUCGAACAGUAGAUUGUCAUCGUCUACACCUCGAAGAAAACGAAAUAUGCUAACUAAUUUGUAUUCCGACUUGAGCCCAAAUUAUAUCGGAUUUAGAACACCGCAAGCAUCCGCAGUCGCGUCAAAUGCUAGUAUGAGCGAUGAUGGCCUGCGAACGAGAAGUGCACGUUAUCGAAAAUUGCUAAUGUAUAGUGCAAGCCCAGAGAGAGGAGCAUCUAACAGUGGUUUAUUAACGGAUGCGUCAAAAGCACUACUAGGCUGUGUUAGACGUACGCGUAGUCCAGUAUUAACGCCGUCUCCGACGAAAUUGUCAGCUCGAAAACAGUUCGAGAGUCCCAUUGAAAAAUUACUGGUACGAAACGGUUCAAUUGGUUUGAAUGAUAUUAGCAAAGAAAAUAUUGUUAAAAACUUAGCUUUAAGUCCGAAACCUAAUUUAAAUAUUGGGAAUAGUGAAUGUGAGAUCGAUCAAGAAGCUAUUUCACAAACAGAAAUUUUUGGGAAUACUUCACCUAAUGGUUUGUUAAAAAUUAAUGAAAAGCAAAAUAAUGUUGCUGGAGGAAUUGAAGAUCGCGAUGAGGAAGAAGAAACCCAAUCAUCUGAGAAAAUAAAAAGCGAAGACAUGAACGAUGCAUAUGAAGACUUGGAUACUAAUGUUACUUUGCCAAAAGAAAGCGAUGUCAAUUCUUAUUUGGCAGUUAAAAUAGAAAAUGAAAGUUUUGGAAAUAUUACAGAGGGCAAUUCGGAAAACACCGAAACAUUGUUGGGUAGUGGAGAUGCCGUAGAACCGUAUAAUUUAGAAGGAGUUGAAAGUGGAGAGUCUAUGAUAUUAAGCAAUGCUGUCGGUUUGAGUGCAAAGUCGCCUUCAGCUGUAAGUUUAGAUAGUGCCAAAGGUUCAUCCAUUGUAACCGGUAUGACAUGGAUGUCGUUUACAACCGGCGAUCUAUUUUGGGGGCAAAUAUACACGUAUUGCUAUUGGCCCUGCAUCGUUUCUCCGGAUCCUGACGGUAAAACGAUAACCACUGAACGCAAUGCCCGAAAUGGCGAGGAGAACGUGCUUGUGCAUGUACGAUUUUUUGCUGAUAGUGGACGCAGGAACUGGGUGAAACGUGAGAAUCUUAUCCCAUAUACUGAUUUGGAAAAUUAUAAACAACAAAUGAGAGAAAUACGAAAAAAGUACGGCAAGAAUAGUCUAAAGUACAAGUUACUUUUGCCAAAGCCGAAUAAAGUAAUGAUUUGGCGUGAAGCAAUAAAGGAGGCCAAUAAGGUAGCCGAGGUCAUAUAUGAAGAUCGAUUAACAAAAUUUUUUGAAAUAUACGAGCACAAGAAAAGUCUUCAAAAGUUGCAAAGACAACAAAGAAAAUUAAGCAUAGACAACGCUAGUAGCACCGGCAGCUUGCGACGAGAUUCAAUGGAAAGUUUGCUAGUGAAAAAUCCUUUGUCUUCAGGUAAACGCGACCGAUCUGCUUCGCCGUAUAGUCCGGCUUUCUCACCUUUGAAGACAUUAUCAAACAUUAAAAGGCGAAAACUAAGUGAAACGAAUUCCGAACAACCCGAAGCUACAGAGAAUCUAAACUUUGAUAAAAAUAAUGAAGUCCCUGAAAGCACAUAUAAUACAAGUGUCGCACAAACCGCAGAUAAAAAGACCAGUACAUCCUCUUCAUUUGCCGCUUUGCACGAAAUGGAGUUGAACAAUCACGAUUUCAGAAGAUUUUACAGUGCUAUGAAGGAAUUCGUGUUGGAAGGUAAUACAGAUGAUUGUUUAGAAAGGAGCUUAAUUGUGGCAGCACGCAACAUAUGGGCUUUGAAGCAAAUUAACCGACAUCAAAUUAAGCGACGGUUGUUAGCGGCCGGUAGUGAACACGAACUGGGAUCUGCUCUGCUCGAAAACGAUAGUGGUACGGGUACUGUUAAGCGUCUUUCAAAUAGGUUGAGAACACUUAAUCAUCGUCAUAGUCUGCCAGCCGAAAUUCGGGAGCCUAUGUCUGUGGAAACGUUAGAGAAUCAACAAGAUAUCGAUCGAGAAGCUCAUCCAUCUAUUAACAAACCAAGAAAACCACUAAAUCGUCCUAUAGAAGAAGUAAUCGAUGAUAUAUUCAAUUUGGACAACAAGUAUUUAUUCCGAGGGCUAGCUCGUGAUCCUGUAUGUAAAUAUUGUCUUCACCCAGGUGGUCCUUUGGUCAGAUGUGCUAAAGGUUGCCAAUCUUGGUUACAUGCCGAUUGUAUUGGCAAAGAUCCUAAUAUAGAAAAAAAGAAAAACGUUGGUCGCCGCAAGACAAAAAGUGAUAAUGCCAGGAGGAGCUCCUCCAAAACGCCAGUUGAAGCCAAAAUGACAUACGAACCACCUAAUACACCAUCAAAUUUAGAGGAUGAAAUAGCUCGCCCUUCUUCUGCCGUAACAUAUCAUGUCACCGCAGAUGCAGAAAUUGACAUCCAAAUCGACAAAUUAACAGCAGAGGUCAUUUGCGAUACCUGCGCUCAAGGCAAGCCACCUGUAUGUGCAGUAUGUAGAGAAGAAAAUUCACCUGAUCCGAAUAAGGAAGAGCUGGUGUUGUGUAAUAUGCAGCAAUGUACCAAGGCAUUUCAUCCUGCUUGCUGCAGAUAUUGGCCACAAGCCAAAUUUACUAAAUCAAAAAAUAAAAUUGAAUCAUUCCGUUGUCCAUCCCAUGUUUGUCACACAUGUGUUUCAGACGACCCCAAAGGCAAAUUCCAACAUCUUAGCAAUGCAAAACUUACGAAAUGUGUGAAGUGCCCAGCCAGUUAUCACAUGGAUUCCACUUGCAUACCCGCAGGCUCCCAAAUACUUACGGCUGCUCAUAUCAUCUGUCCUCGUCACAAUACUUCUAACAAGUCAGAUGGACAUGUUAAUGUAAGUUGGUGUUUUAUUUGCGUGGGAGGUGGUCAAGUAAUUUGUUGCGAAACAUGUCCUACUGCUGUUCACGCAAAGUGUUUAAAUAUCCCAUUGGAUCCAAGUGAAGGGUACAUAUGUGAGGAGUGUGAGUCUGGUCGUUUGCCGUUAUACGGUGAAAUGGUGUGGGCCAAAUUCAAUUCGUUUCGCUGGUGGCCAGCGAUAAUUUUACCACCAACAGAAAUACCACAAAAUAUCAGGCGAAAGGCACAUAAUUCAAAUGAUUUCGUCGUUCGCUUCUUUGGCACACACGAUCACGGUUGGAUCUCCAGACGACGUGUUUACCUUUAUUUGGAGGGCGAUAGCUCGGAACCUCCUAAAACGAAAUCGAGCUUAGAUCAAAGCUAUAAUCGCGGUGUUCAGGAAGCGAAACGCAUUUACGAAAUAAUAAAAUCGAAAAAACUCGCUCAGUGUCUUACAAAUGAAAGCAAAGAAAAAUUGCAUCCGCAACCUUAUGUGCGAAUCAAGGCCAAUCGCGCCGUUCAUCCAGUUAAACUGCAUAUCGAUCUGGAAAAAGUUAACAAAUGUGAAUGUCGAAACUACGAUGAAGAUCCAUGUGGGCCGAGUUCAAAUUGCUUAAAUCGCGUUUUGUACCAUGAGUGCAAUCCAAAGCUUUGUCCGGCCGGUGACCGUUGUCAAAAUCAAAUGUUCGAGUCUCGUUUGUCACCUCGUCUUGAUGUGGUCUACCUAAAGGAGCGGGGCUUCGGUUUAAUUUGUAGGGAACCUAUUAAUGCAGGCGACUUUAUUAUUGAAUAUGUUGGUGAAAUUAUCGAUGAUAAUGAGUUCAGGCAGCGAAUGGCGCAAAAGUCUUUAGAUCGUGAUGAAAACUUCUAUUUUCUAUCAGUAGAGAAGGAUUAUAUCAUUGAUGCUGGACCGAAAGGAAACUUGGCACGGUUCAUGAAUCAUUCCUGUGAUCCAAAUUGUGAGACACAAAAAUGGUCAGUGAACGGCUUGAACCGCAUUGGACUCUUUGCUAUUAAAGAUAUACCCGCGGAUACGGAGCUCACAUUCAAUUAUCAUUGGGACGAUUUGUUAGGCAAUCAAAAAAAACUAUGUCUAUGCGGUGCCGCGAAAUGUGUAGGAGAAAUCGGUGGUAAAAGCAAAGAUGAAAAGGAGACGGUCCUGCCGGAUGCUGGCAAAGCAAAAACUGGUGCUGUACGCAAAAGAAAAGCAGUGAAGAGAUUGCAAAACCGUACCCGAGAGGGUAAAGUGAACAGAGUGAACAAAAAAGGUUCGAAUAUUACAUCAGAGAAUUCGGAAGCGUCCGUCCAAGUGAGCACAAGUGAAUCACUGACAGAUGAACAAAAAACCGAAAUAGACGAUAGCUCGUUGAUGCUUGGAAAUAAUCGAAACUUAUCAGACGCAAACAACGCUACUGAUUAGAAUCUUCACUCAUAUAUUUUGAUAUAAUUUUUUCCUUUGGUAAAUUCUUUAAUGCAUGUAUAGGAUAAUUUAACAAAAUUCUGUUUAUAUCGUGAGUAAAAAUUUUAUUUUUUUAAAUUGUUUAUAUAAUAA